UCCCCUACGAAAGAGGAUAGCCACUGGAAGGAUUUUUGAAGCUGAUUUGUUUGGCUUAACCUUCCUCUUCUCCCUUUAAAUAGACCUUUCAUUCUCUUUCAUUUCUGCACCAAACUCCCUCAUUCUUCUUCUAUUCUACUCCUUGUUGUCUAGAGAACAAUCCGCAAAGUGAUCGCUACCGAUAAAGUCACUGGAGGUAGCCACGGUUCUUUCCGGAAGUUGUCCCGGAAAGUUGAAUGAAGAAAACAUCCCCUGUGCAAAUCAGCCCACUUGUGAGCAUUUUUACACUAUCUAAACUUCAUUAUUUUAAUCUGGUUUCGAACAAAAGUUAUAGCCUUAUGUCUUACGAAUCCAUAGCUUCAAACGGUUUGCGAUUUCGUUGAGUAACGAAGGAGAUAUGACCCGAAAACCAGGGUUGGUACAGUGGUGACGGGAAGUGACGAGUUUUGAGACUUUUGGCGUUGUUUCCGCUCCCGUUCGUUCGUUGAGCUUCAUCUCGUUGAUUUCCAGGAUAUCUAGAAGAUGAUGUGUAUUUUGGUCAGCAUGAGAACCUGUUGCCGCUAACGCCGCCACCUGGCCCUUAGUCAUCUGGAGGUCGGCGCUUAGAUUAUUGAUGGCCUGUAGGAGAUCGUCCAUGGUGAUGGCGCCUUGGGCUGGAGUCUCGGGUGUUGGAGUCGACAUGAGAACGUCAAUGAGAGCACCAGUUGAUAGGAAAACUUGGCGGAAAAAGAACGAGAAACCCUAGGCGGAAACGUUGGGUUGUCCCUGGGAGUUUCGUACGUGCAAAAGGAGAGAAGAAGAGAUUCUACUAAACUAAACUUUUGUAUUAUUGCUUUCUUGACAAAGUAAGGGGUCUUCUCUUUAUAUACUCCGUAAUAGAGAAACCCUAAUCCUAAUCCUGUCGGUUCAAGAAAAGCGUCAAGGGAAAGAACCGAAAAGAAAACCCUUGAAGGGACUCCAAAAAUGCUAUUUUUGAAGAUAUAAAAUCCUAUUUUAACAUCAAUAUAAAGACAAUUUCUUAGAGUAAAAAAUGAUGUUUAGACAACUAAAGAACCUUAUAUGAUGUAUGACGAUAAGCUAGGUAAUGAUUCAAACGUUGCGGAAGCCUUUAAAACAACAUCGUCAAACAUUCUUGUAGUAAAACGCAGAAUAAAAUCGUUAAGUAAAAGACACACCGAUUUUAUACUAGUUCGGGAACUCCCUACUCUAGUACCUCGAGGCUCCUCCUCAAGGAUUUCCGAAUCCACUAAGUUCCGGCCUCUUGAACUCCGUCAAAACACCACACUAGUUUGGCAAACAACCCUUGCCAAUAGGAUUCACUCCGAGAUUUCACUACGGCUAUCUCGAACCGUUUACAAUGAAGAUUUAACGGCUAUCUUCUACCGCUCCACCAAGGAUUUCAAAGCCUAUCCCUGAACCUUUACCCAAGGAUUUAUACGGCUAUCCUUAACCGUUACAAUGUGAGAAUUUAACGGCUAUUCUCGACCGUAAGAAGGUGUGUUUUGAAGAACACGAACAAAGGUUCUACACAACGGCUUGAAUAUAAAAAUGAAGAACAAAAACUUAGCCGGUGUAGAACUAAAUUAUACUCUCUCAAAAAUACAAUAUAAACUUAUGAAUAUGAGAGUAUAUAACUAAAAACACAAGCUCAAAGUGUGUGUAAUAAAAUCAGGAUCUUAAGGCUCUUAAAAUAGCCAAAAUAUUGAAAAUAAUUAAUAAAAGGAUGAACAAACUUAGAAUAAAAAGAGAGGAUGUUUAGAGCUUUGUUUCUUGUUCAAAUAUGAAGUAUUAGGCCUAUAUUUAUAGUGGAAGAUGUUAAUUAGCCGUUAGGAGGUGAUUAGGGUUGAAUUAAUUCAAAAAUCAGCAAUCAGGAAUAGUGUUCCAACGGUAACGGUAGGGGGGUCCCAUCCAGUCGGUAGGGGGUCCCGUUCUUACGGUAGCUAGGUACCUUCUCAGGCCAAAACUCUCUGGCGGUACCUAUCCUCUUACGGUACCCCUUACGGUAGGGGGGUCCCGUGCUUACGGUACCUAGGUACCUUAUGACCAUUUAGACAAUUUUUUCAUUUUUGUCCAAAUCGUUUCUAAUUUUAUUUAAAACCUUUUAGAUGUUUGAAAAUCAUUAUAAAAGGGUUUUAAACAUAUUUUGUGAGUGUUUUUGAGCUUGUGAGUAUAGGUAUAUAAAAUCAUAUCCUUACAUUGGUUUCUACCUAUAUUCUACGCUAGUUUAGUGUUUCGACUUCAUUCUUGAGUACCGAAUCUUAAUGGAUUAUUGUUGUACCUGAAACACUUAAACAAACGUUAAGCUCUUAUAUUGUUUGUUAACAUCAAAACAUGAGGCUUAGCAAACCAAGGCUAACAGUAAACCCAAUGGAAGGUGUCCAAUUGGGCGGGUUGGAGCCCCUACCACGAAGGUGCUGAGGCAGGUCACGGACUCCCGUACAUACGCUUUAACCCUGGAUACCAUCAGGGGUACGCCGACACCUGCAUGACCUUAAGUUCAAAAUCCUCAAUCCUAUUAUGAUUACAAUAUUUAUAACAAUUCCACCCGACUCUGAGUCUUCUAAAUAUACUAGGUGAUUUAUAUCCCAAACCCAGUUUAGUAUUCAUUAUCACCUAAAAGUUUUAUUCUCCAAACACAAUCAAUUAACACCAAAAGCAAAGUGUUCCCACAAAUACCAUCCUGCCACGAUCAAUUUCGAUGCCCAAUUACCCAUUAAAAAGCUGAUUUCCGGCUCUUGGUUUAACAACCCAAAGUCCGCCUCUUAGUAGCCACUACCCUCCAGCAGCAACACCACAGCAAGAUAAAAUAGAGCAGAGAGAGAGGACAGACGCAAAACGAAAGAAAAGAGAAGAACAACGCAGUACAUGAAUAUAGGAGAGCAAGAACACGGAAGAAUCUAGUACAAGCUAACAUAUCCAAUUAAACCCCAAAUCAAUUUCACCAAUCUCAAAUCCACAAUCAAUUUCCAAACAAUCAAUUACACAAUUCAACAACCAUAAUCACAAAUUCAACGUCGAUUGAAAGAUAACAUAUCAACGAAUCCUAAUCUACAAAUUAAUUCUAACGAGAGAUAAAUCACUCACCUUGGUUCAAUUGACGGAGGAACACAAACCAAUCGACUUAUCAAACCGGCGAAGCUUUCCGGCGCCUGUUCGCCUCCCUCUAACUCGGCCGUGCAACUGGGUCACGCAGGGCAACAGAAGAUUGAAGAAAAGAUGGGCGGCUAU